AUGGGUGGCGGAGAUUUGCGGUCAUUCUUAAGAGAAGCUCGUCCAACUCAGGAUGAUUUGAAUCCUUACGAUUUGCGUAUUCUGAACCUGAUCGAAAUAGCAUUAGACAUAGCUAGAGGAUGUCAAGAGCUGAAUCGUCAAAAGUAUAUUCAUCGAGAUCUAGCGGCACGAAAUUGUCUGCUCACGGAGAAGGGUCCAAAUAGAAGAGUUAAGAUUGGCGAUUUCGGCAUGGCAAGGGACAUCUAUGAGAAUAAUUACUAUCGCAAAGGUGGUCGCGCCAAGCUACCGGUGAGGUGGAUGCCUCCAGAGGCCUUUCUUGAUGGGCUAUUUACAACACAAACCGAUGUUUGGUCAUUUGGUUCGUUGUAA